AUGGCUCGAAUCUUCCUAGAUUACCCCUUCAGCACGUGGAUCAUAUUCAUUGUAUCGACGCACAUCCUCUAUGUGCUGGGGCUAGUUGGUUAUCGCCUGUUCUUUCAUCCGCUGGCCGGAUUUCCAGGCCCCAGAUAUGCAGCUCUCAGUCGCUGGCACGAAGUCUACCACGAUGUCUACCUUCAGGGGAAGUUCAUCUUCUGGAUCAAGGAGCAGCAUAGGAAACAUGGCCCGAUCAUCCGCAUCGCCCCAGACGAGCUACACAUCCUGGACGCCGACCUCUGGGAAACAAUCUACACGAAAGCCGGCCGCGUCGACAAAUACGCCUGGAUGUCUGGUCGAUUCGGAAACGAUACCUCCGUUCUAACGACCGCCCCGGAUGAUCUACACCGGAUCAGACGAAAUGCCCUCAAUCCGUUCUUUAGCAGACAGCACAUCCUCGGGCUCCAGGAUAUCAUCCGUCAAAAACUUGAUACCCUGAUCGGACGAGUCGAGGAGUAUAAAGCGCUCAAUGCGCCAAUGCCCAUUCACCGAGGCUUCAUGGCGUUCAGUGAGGAUGUCAUCAUGCAGUACUGCUUUGGCCAUGAUUAUUCGGCGGUAGGAGAAGACGGGUGGGCUCCUACCCUGCACGACGCGUUUAUGAAUGUUACUAUCGCGGGGAACACAGCGUUACACUUUCCCCUGGUCCCGAAGAUCAUGAACGCUUUGCCGCAGGCUUGGAUUGAGAAGCUCGAUCCGGUCUAUGCGCCCAUCUUUCGGAUGCAGAGAGACCUCGGCAAGCAAAUCCGAGACAUCAAGCAGUCUAUAGCAGCUGGCUCGUCCAGUUCUGACAACGACAGGCAAACUGUUUUCUCAGACCUGAUACAUGGCGACUUACCCGAGGCGGAAAAGGCAGACCGGCGACUCCAAGACGAAGCACAACUUGUCAUCGGCGCAGGCCUCGCAACGACUGGAUGGGCACUUACCGUGGGAACAUUCUACCUCCUCGACAACCCCAAUGUCCUUGCCCGUCUGCGUCGUGAGCUCGAUGAAGCUAUUCCGGGUUCGGCCUACGAUUUGGAUAACCCUACCACGGCCCUAGAGUGGACCAAGCUCGAGAAACUUCCUUAUUUGACCGGCGUCAUCAAAGAAGCAGUUCGGCUGUCGCAUUCGACUACAUCCCGGAAUGUACGUCGUCUGCCAAAACCAAUCUAUUUCAAGGACUGGGUUAUACCGGCUCAUACGCCUGUCUCGAUGACGAUUCCCUUCCUACAUCUGGAUGAGGAGAUUUAUCCUGAUUCAAACUCGUUUGUUCCGGAGAGGUGGCUUGAUAACCCGAAGGCGAAGAAUGGGGCUCCCCUUGAACGAUACUUUGUUGGCUUUGGAAAAGGGACUAGGUCAUGCCUUGGACUUAAUCUCGCCUGGUGCGAGCUAUACCUCGUCUUCGCAUCAUUCUUCCGCUUCUUCGACUUUGAACUAUUUGAGACAGACAUAUCCGACAUUGAGCUCGCUCACGAUUACUUCCUACCCCUCCCAAAGCUUGAUUCAAAGGGCAUUAGAGUGUUUGUUCGACACAGAGAUAUUUGA